CUUCAUUUGGCCCAGUACCUGACAUAAGGGCAAAGAGGCGAUUUCCUCAAUGCCCCAAUCUCCCCAAUCUCCCAAACCCUAGCUGAGCACAAAUCUCAAUUCGAGCGCUCGAUUACUGGGUUCGCCUCGCGCCGAUCUCACCUGUUGUUCAGACAUGAAGGCGUGCAAGCAGAUCGCAGCCAUGGGAGCCGCCGCCACCACGGACGAGGCCGACAGCAAGUUGGCAGCGAAGAGCGAUGCAAUCCAAUUGAGGAAGGGGAAGAAUGCCAAGGGCAAGCUGGCGGUGAAGAGCAAUGGAAUAGAGAAGCCCAAGACCCAUGACCUUUCCAAUGUUACACGCAGGUUGGCGGUGAUGAACAUUUCACUGGACAUGUCAGAGGAUGAAUUUCUUGGACUGGUCACCUACCAGAACAUCUUCUGGAUGGGCAACUUCAAAGGCGUCUAUGACAAGCCGUCCGUAGAUGCUAUUCGUAGGAAAGCUGCUGAAAACUGGAAAUUCUUUAGCGAUUCGGAGAAGGCCCCUUAUGUAGCCAAGGGACGUGUGAACAAAAUGCACAUCGCUGAGGCUCAUGAGUACUGCAAGACACUGAAGUUGAAGCGCGUGAUGAUAAACAGGAUGAUGAAUCUGAAAAUGUGAACACACCAGAUCUCUAACAUGUGUUUCAAUAGAAACGCCUAGUAUGGAACGUGAUGCCAGUCUCAACGCAACUUUGUUUACUUGCAGAAACGCCUUCGUAGAUCGCGCAAUUACUGCAACCAACUCCACAACCUAAUUCUGUCUGGGCCAGCACUUGGAGGGUUUGGAUGCAGGUGCAGUUCAAGCUGCCAUAUGGACAAUACCAGUGUUAAAUAUGUGUGCUCCUGGCUUUAGAUGUUGAACUCUUUCUGCAUAUUGCGAUGUUUGCUUGGUAA